CCAGCAGUACUAUCAAGAUUAAGAUCAUCAACAACAUAAUCCUAGUCUUCUCCUCCCUUCAGAUAUAUUAGUCAAAAUUGUGCCGUGGAGUUAAUCUUUCUGUCCGUUUUAUACCUCUCAUCAGUAGACACAUCGCAAUGCCUUAUUCAGUGUGGUGGCUGCCUCUUCAGAAUGGAAUGGGAGUGAACAGUAUUAGUGUGUGAACGUGAACACUGUACGCUGACUGACGGGAAAUUGAUCGACGCUCGCUCGCUGGACAGGAAUUAAUGGUGUGCAAUGGAGCAGGAGCAGACUUGGCCUCGGAGCAGACACAGCAGCUGGAGUAGUGAUGGCAGAGAUGGGGGGAGCCCUUCCCCUAGAAGGACGCCUCACACUGGUUCGCCUUCCCACAAAUUCAGAUCCACUAAACCUGUUUGGGAUGACACAGUUCAGGACCUGGCCUCAAUGCGGCUGACUCCGGCUGAAUUGGCACGCAAGCUUGCGUCAAGGCAGUCCACCAACAUGAUGUUGGCCAGAGCCCAGCUUCUGGAGAAGAGUCGGCGGUCAGGCUCCCAGGGACCCCUUUCCCUGCCUGCCAACUUGGCCACCAGGCUUCAAGCUGCCAGACAGCAGAGUGUGGAAUCCAUCCUUGCUCAGUCCAGCACCACACUGCUUGCCUCCCAGAAGGUGCGUCAGGCGGAGGCUGCUGCCGAACAAAGGGAAGAAGGACCAGAUCACAACAUUCAUUCUGGGAGCAUGAGAGAAGCUGUGCUGAAGGACAAGAAAGAAGAAGCACAUUCCAGCCCUCACCCUCAGGAGAGAGACCAGCCAACUGCAGGUGACAGUAGCAGUACCAGCACUGGCAAGGCUGGUGAUGAGGCAGGCAAGGGAAAGACAGUCAGCAGCCAAGUCUUGAAGGAAGUAUCUGACCAAACAGGAAAGGCAGCCAGUCAGUCUGGAUCACCAGGAAAGGCUGUUGAACUCCGACGCUCAGAGGUGAAGGCAGCCAAGGAUGCUCCAAGACAAAUAGACUUGAGUGAGAUAGCUGCCACACGGACCAGUCUUGACCACACAAUAAAUAUGGUGGUGAACACAUGCAGGGAACUGUGGCUCCAGCUGGAGGAGGAACGCUUGACGAGGGAGCAUCUUCAGCGCCAGCUGCAGCUGCAAGGCAAUGUCAUCACCACACUUACUGCUGAGCUGCUGCAGAUUCAGGACCAGCAAGAAGCCAUCCUACAGGAGGUGAGUGACGCCCGCGCCUCAGGUCUGUGGGGGACGGGGGAGCUGGAACUUGGGGAAGAGGCAGCUGAGGAGUUUAUGUUGAGUGGUCACAUAACUCCAGGAAGAGUCCACAGCUCCAGGUCCAGCCACUACCAGCCCCAAGGUCGCCACCCCCAGAGGUCCAUAUUAAGGGCAACACGCACUAUACACACACCACACCAGCGUCAGCCUCCUCAGUCCAUGGGGAGGACUCACCAGGCAAACCAUGUCACCCUCCCCAUGCCCCAGCGAACACCCCACUCUCCACGCCCCCAUCAGCCUUCAUCACGUUCUCACACACACGCCCACGCCCACGCCCACACUCACCCCCACAACUUACAGAUGCACCGGCCAUCACCUCCCCCUGAAGCUCCUCUUUCUCCCAGGCCAGACUCUGCCUCCCUCAACAGCUACAAGGCUUCAGUAUCUCGCCAGAUCAGAGAUGCAUUAGUUAGUGAGCAGUCUGUGCCUGGUGCUAGGGAGAGAAAUUCUUCUGCUAUGCCUCAUGGCUAUUCUAACAUUACUCAGGAUGCUUUGCAGAAAGACAUGAGGGAGCAGGAUGAUCAUCAGGCUGCAGUAGUGCCUGCUAAUAAAGAGAGCCUUCAUCUGAUGAGUGGAGAUCUGGCCAUGGAUUCUACUCUGCCAGAGCAUCAAGAGAGGAUGAAGCAGUAAAAAAAGAGAUAUUUUGAUAUUAUUUUGUGUUGGGAGGAGCCGUCUCUCUCUCAUGUCCUUGCUGUGGUUGACAUAUUUGGAUCUUUUCAGCCAUAUCAUAAGACAUAUCAGAGCCGUGAGAGGCCAGCCUGUACUUACUGUACACUUUCUGGGACCAUUUUGUUAGACCUAAAUGAGACUCAUAAAUUUCUUACUAAUCAUAUUAUAAUCUAGUCAAUACUUGAAGGGUCAAGUAUCUUUGCCUUCACUGAAGUUGGCUGAAUGUGAAUACCUUUUUUUGUUCAGGCUAUGAGGCUUGCCAAGUCUCUGUCUAAAAUAUAUAUCCAAAUCCUUGAGGCUAAGGUCUUUAGGAAUGGUUAUGGAUGUGUGUGUGUGUGUGUGUGUGUGUGUGUGUGUGUGUGUGUGUGUGUGUGUGUGUGUGUGUGUGUGUGUGUGUGUGUGUGUGUGUGUGUGUGUAUCUGCCACUCCCCAUCUCCAGGGGUGCUGGCUGGGUAUGUAGUUACUUACAGAGACAAAAAGAUCACAUUUUCCUUCAUAAGAUUUGCUGUCUUAGAAAUGGAAUAGAGAAAUGUAGUUGCUUUUUGACAUUGGGAAAAAAAAUGCACUUGAGCCAAACUUGUGUCCCUCAUAUUACAUCAGACUUGCAGCUCUUGUAUUGGGAUUUUUAAGAUUGAUUUUAUUUUUCUUUCAAUCUAAUCUGGAACUUAAUUUAGUAUGUUUUGUAUCAGCUCUCUUAGGUCAUUCAUAAAAAAAACAUGCUUUAUGCUUUGCCUCAGAGCUUGCCCAUUGAGAAAAAAGCUAAACAUGAUGAAGGGCAGUUGAGGGCAGUCUGUGUGAUACAAUCUACCCCAAAAGUGACCAUCAAGUCGGUCUCAAGUACAUUUUUUUUUUAUCAGAGAAAAGAGUAAAUAAGGAGUAUAUACUCUUCAACAGAACUGUAUUGUUCUGACCUCGACUUUGCUUUACUUUUUGCCACUACAAUAGUAAUGAUGGUGCUAUCAUUAUUGUAGGCACUCACAUCAAUGGAUUGGCUUAGAGCACUAGCAUUACAAAAUGUUUAGGUCAUGGAUCUUGCUCAUCAAAAUGCUUCAUAUAGCCAAGAACACCACCAUUCUCUUAGCACACACUCACACUGCUUCUUAGAUUAAUGAACUGUGUGAUCUCUGGAUCUGGUACCAGUCCUCUUUUACUCUGUCUUGAGAAAACACAAGAAAAGUAAAAUUAUCUCUCCACUUCUGUAUUGCAGCAACACACUGCUUGUCUGUUCUCAACUCAUGACACCAAUAGUGCCAUCAGGUGACAAGGUGUGAUCCGUGGAACCAUAGAAAUUGCCUUUCAAGAUGCCAAUAGUAGUCAGUUGACUAUUACUUGUCAAUGCUUGAAAACCUUAAAGAGCAGAGUAACUGGAAAGCCAUUAUGUUUGUAGUCUGCAGAAUGAAUGGUGGCAGCUUAUUUAAGCUGCAUCAGACUUAUUGAAUAAGUCCAGUUUCUGUUCCAUAUUUUGCUGGAAAUGUAGUCACCACCAUUUUCUGCAACCAAUUCUCUCAACUUCACUUGAUGCCAUUGCACUAAAAAACUUAGAUUUGCCUGCUGAUGUCAAGGUCUAGUCACAACUCAAGCUUGUGCCUGUUAUGGAGUCAUUUGCUGAUUGUGAUUUUUGGGCAUUGAACACUGCACUUUGUGAAUAAUGAGCUUGUAUUGUGGAUGUUGAUGUAUUUUUUAAAAACAAUGAUCACAACUUGCCUUGAAAAUUUUACAGAUUCUUUUUCCUUUGAGGUUGUCAGUUCUUAGAGGCUCUGCCUGCACUGGUAGAUUUCAUCAACAGUCAAUGAUGAAAGGUUAGCUUUAAGCUGAAGAGAAUAUGACAACAGUCCAUAUCAUUCUAGUAUUGGAUAUUGUGUUUUGUUUCUGUAGGUUUGUUUAUGAAGUAAUUUAUCACAGUCAAAGAUUUUAUUCUGCAUUACACUGAAUCUUUAUGUUUUCACUGGAGUGUACUCAAAAUAUCAAGUUUAAGGCUUUAAAGUUUUCAUGUUGCUAUAUACACCAGAAUGCUGGUUGUGUUGACUUUUGGCUGCAUGAAUAUUAUGCUUGUGUGCAUGCAUACACAUGGUAUUAUGCAUCAUGGUGCUGUCAUGCCACUGUCCUGCCCUGUCACUGUACCAGUAGUGCAAAGUUUGAACCUGCAUUAUUUUUUGUGGAACCUUUUUUAACUUAAUAGCUCUGCACAGCUCUCCCCAACAGACAGAGAACAUCGAACAUGAUAACAUAACAAUAAUGAUAAUGAAGUAGCAAUAACUUUACAUGUAUGUAUUGCAUAUUUAUUAUAAGGGUUCUGAUUCAAAGCCUCAAAUGUGCCUCAUGAUUAAAUGCAUUAAGAGUAACCAGGAAGGGACAAUCAUCUCUCAUAAUACAUGUGUUCAAGUUAGAGUAAGCAGUAGCCUUGGUACAGUAUGGUGCCGGUGGUUUCUUGCCGCAGAGUUUUGUUACUAUUUCACAUGAAGUGGUGAGAGGCAGGGGAGGGAGGGUAACUGCUCAUACCAUGUGCAUGUUUGAAAAGUCCCAAACUGGCACCUACUCGUGUACGAUUGAAGCAUUGCCGUGAGAACUGAUUUUUGCUUGAUAUGAUGUUAUGCUGUAAAUGUGAUUUCCAGUGCAUUGAAAGGAUAUGUAUUGAGCAGAUCUUAAGGUACUCUAAGUGCAAUAUGUAUAUGUAUUAUAUUACAACCAUACAACAGUUUGAAUGUACAAGUACGAGUAUGCUUCAGUAUUGUACAUAUUGUAUUUUCAGUACCGUCUUCUUUCAUCUUGGCACACUGAAAUGCUUCUGGCUGUAACUUAACAUCUGACACCAAAAUGAUAAUUUCAACAACUGCAGACAUCAUAGAUACUUCAAUAACAAAUUACAAAUCACAACAAUGCACAUUGAUAUUUAUAUUGAUACAUGUUAUAUACUAUAGAAAAGCAUUAUCAGUAUUUAGAGUAUAUUAAUAUGAAGGCAUUAGGGAUCAGUGAAAAUUUUUGUUAUAUAGGUGUUGAAUAGUUUAAUGUAUGUACUGGUAAAUGAAAAACCUUCACUGCACAGACCAUACUGCCAGUUUCCACCAUUUGUUAUCAUUGCCUUUCACCAAUCCUGAAAAGAGUGAAAGUUGUGAUAAGUAACAAAUGUGUGUAAACAAUAUGAACAACAAGGCACAAUAGUAGUAGCUACGUACAGCACAAUACUUUAAGUGUUGGGACAGCAAAGAUUACUGUCAGCGAUGUGUGUCCCUUUUUAAUUUUGCAUUCACAGCUGCCAGUUUUUGCACAACUUUUACUCGUUUGAAAUGACAAGUGUUUUUGAAGUCAACUGAAUCUCAAACAGAAUAGUUUGGUGCCAAAGACAGUGUGAUGAAUAAUUGAUUUUGUAGAGACAAUGAAUGAUGUGGUAUUUCAGUCCAGUUUCUGUCCUUAAUUCAAAUGAACCAAGUAAGAUUACUUUUAUAUAUGUGAAGAAGAAAUAUGCAAAUGAUAUUGUGUGACGUCAUACAAUGAAGUUGGAACGUCCAGAGUGAAUAGCAGCCUUUGGACCGUUGACUGCUUGAGCUUUGUGAGACAGAACAGAAGCCACAAGCAAACACUGUGCAUUAUUCAUAUGAUAUAUGUAACUUAUUAUAACAUAUCUGUAAAUUUAAGACAAAUUUGGUGAUUAAAAUCUUUGUUGCAUAGCACUUCUGUACCAAGUACUAUGAAAUGCUUAUGAUUGUUUUCUAAAUUGAUUACAACAGGUAAACUUAAAGACACUCUACAUGAAGCAUAGAACAUCCUGUAGAAUUAUAUAAUACAUGUACCAGAGUACUCUAUUUAGAGUCAAUCCCUUGUUUGAGAAAUACGAAAAUGGAAACUUUUAACACUGCCAUUUCAUGAACUUGCAUUAUGUAUCUCACGACAACUUUCUUAUUUUGUCAAUCAAUUAU